CCCGCUCCGUCCGUUCCGCGCAAAACGCCACCGCCACCACGUGGAGCCUUUCUCCUGUUCUGUUCCGUUCAGUCGUCUCUCUCUUUUUCUACCGAAAACGGUAACAGGCAGCAGGCACUUUUCAGCAGCUGCUCCGUGCGUGCGUGUGUGUGUGCGAUCCGACCGAUCUGUUCCGUUACGUUCCGUUACCGCUACCGCUACCCUCCGCGAGCUGCAGGCGUCCUUGCACAUUGUUUAAUUAUAGGACAACUACAACUCCUUCGCGCGACACUUUCCCGUUCUUAAUUACUAGCCAAGUCCACACCAAGCCGCAAGCAUGUCAUCCGCCGCCAAGAAACGCGACGCGCAGAAGAAGAAGGAUGCACGGAACAAGAAGAUCCAACAGAUACCCUCCACGAAGAAGGCCAAUGGCCAGCCGGAGCGCGAACUGACCGAGGAGGAGAAGCUGUGCGCCAAGCUGGAGGAGGAGGCCCGGAUCAGUGCGGAGGCCCGAUCCUGCACCGGAUCGCUGGCGGUGCAUCCGCGAUCCCGCGACGUUAAGAUCGCCAACUUCUCGAUCACGUUCUUUGGCUCCGAGCUGCUGCAGGACACCAUGCUGGAGUUGAACUGCGGACGUCGCUACGGCCUGAUUGGCCUCAACGGAUGCGGCAAGUCCUCGCUGCUGGCCGUCCUCGGCGGCCGUGAAGUGCCCAUACCGCCGCACAUCGACAUCUUCCAUUUGACGCGCGAAAUCCCGGCCAGCUCGAAGAGUGCGCUGCAGUGCGUCAUGGAGGUGGACGAGGAGCGCAUCAAGCUGGAGAAGCUGGCCGAGGAGCUGGCCAUGAGCGAGGAGGACGAUGCCCAGGAGCAGCUGAUCGACAUUUACGAGCGCCUGGACGACAUGUCCGCCGAUCUGGCGGAGGUCAAGGCGGCCCGCAUCCUACACGGUCUUGGUUUCGACAAGGCCAUGCAACAGAAACAGGCUAAGGACUUUUCAGGUGGCUGGCGCAUGCGUAUCGCCUUGGCACGUGCCCUGUUUGUGAAGCCCCAUCUGCUGCUGCUGGACGAGCCGACGAAUCACUUGGAUCUUGACGCUUGCGUGUGGCUGGAGGAGGAGCUUAAGACAUAUAAGCGCAUCCUGGUGCUCAUCUCGCACUCGCAGGAUUUCCUCAACGGCGUCUGCACGAACAUCAUCCACCACACGAGCAAGCGGCUCAAGUACUACACGGGUAACUACGAGGCCUUUGUGCGCACACGCAUGGAGCUGCUGGAGAACCAGAUGAAGCAGUACAACUGGGAGCAGGACCAGAUAUCGCACAUGAAGAACUACAUUGCCCGCUUCGGUCACGGCUCGGCCAAGUUGGCGCGGCAGGCGCAGUCCAAGGAGAAGACGCUGGCCAAGAUGGUGGCCCAGGGCCUCACCGAGAAGGUAUCGGACGACAAGGUGCUCAACUUCUACUUCCCAUCGUGCGGGAAGGUGCCGCCGCCGGUGAUCAUGGUGCAGAACGUUAAUUUCCGAUACAACGAUGAAACGCCAUGGAUCUACAAGAAUCUAGAGUUCGGCAUUGAUCUGGACACACGUCUCGCUUUGGUGGGACCCAACGGAGCCGGCAAGUCCACGCUGCUGAAGCUGCUGUACGGCGAUCUGGUGCCCACCUCCGGCAUGAUCCGCAAGAACUCACAUCUGCGCAUCGCUCGCUACCACCAGCAUCUGCACGAGCUGCUCGACCUGGACGUCAGUCCGCUGGAGUACAUGAUGCACGCCUUCCCCGACGUCAAGGAGAAGGAGGAGAUGCGCAAGAUCAUCGGUCGCUACGGCCUCACCGGCCGCCAGCAGGUCUGUCCGAUCCGCCAGCUGUCCGAUGGCCAGCGGUGUCGCGUGGUCUUUGCCUGGCUGGCCUGGCAGGUGCCGCACCUCCUGCUGCUGGACGAGCCCACCAAUCACUUGGACAUGGAGACCAUCGACGCGCUCGCCGAUGCGAUCAACGAUUUCGAUGGCGGCAUGGUGCUAGUUAGUCACGAUUUCCGUCUGAUUAAUCAGGUGGCUGAGGAGAUUUGGGUGUGCGAGAAGGAGACGGUGACCAAGUGGAAGGGCGGCAUCCUGGACUACAAGGAUCAUCUCAAGAACAAGAUCACCUCCGAGAACGAGAGGAAGGCCAAGGCGGGAAAGUAGAUGCUAUCCGGUAGAGGCCAACGCCCACACACCCGCACACACACAGUCGCGCACCCAGAGCCCCACACUCCAAAAGUCCCACACCCCACCACCACAAACCCACAAAGCCACAAGGACAUUCAGGCCACGAUCCCUUCUCUUCAAUAGGCGGCGGGCGAUAUCCGGAUACUGCCCGUUCGCUCGCUAUGAUUGAUCCUCUGCGAAAUUAGUCUUGAGUUUACAGUACGCUACAACCAAGUCAUAUGUAAACAGCAAUCCGAUCUGCAAAAAACAGUCAACAAUAAAACUAAAACACCCAAUCCAAUCCACAACACAUCAACCACAAUCACAUGAACCACAACCGUUGAGAACUCAACAAGAAUACACAAAUUUUAGCUGAAUUUUUUUCUUUUUAUGUGUCGAAUUAAACUAAAUAAAAAUUAUAAAUAUAUAAGUAUAAAGUGGACAACAACAACAACAGCAACAAGAACCAGGAACUACAACUUAUAAAUACAAACCAACAACCAACUACAAAACUGCUUGUGAUCUUGCGCUUAUGUAAUUUCGUUUAAUUCUUCGCUAGGUUUCAUAUAAACAUAUAUAUAUAAAGAAAUAUAUUUUAUUUUUUUGUAAUUUAUUUACGCCUUAACUAUAUAUAUUUACACAUUAAACAAUUAAAACUACAAUAACAAAAGCAUGUAAUUAAAGUUCUAAAUAAGCAAGAGUCGAACCAAAAUGUGUGUGAGAAACGAUGUUAAACUGCCCUCCCAAAUCCGAACCGUGAUUUUGUUGCCCGCGGAUUCGACAAAGACAGCGUUUGCUUGGCGAUUCAAAUAAUCGAUUUACAUAAAUUAAAAUUAGAAAACCAAAAUACAAAAUGCAAAAAACAAAACACAGGCAUAGAAUGGAUUAAUGGGUAUUACGUGAAACAUACAUAUACAUAUAUGAAAAUUUACAAGUUACAUAAACAACAAAAAACAGAUAUUAUAGGUUAUUUAACAAAUUGGAAUUGUAAACUCCAGCGAAAAAAACAAAACGUUUUGUAUGCAAAAAACAAAAAACACAAAAAUACGAAAUAGAUUCAAUGGGAUAUAGAUAUCUAAACGAUUUGAAGCUGAAAAUCAGUUGUGGCAGCCGAAAUGUAUCGUAUUAAUUAGCUAACAUAAAUGAGAAAUUGCUAAGAUAAAAAAGAGUUGCUUGACAAGGUAAAUAAACAAAUUAAAUGACCAAAUUAA